AUGUCGGCCUCUCCUCUGCAGGACACUACUCCAGACCAAGGGAACUCCCUUUACGCUGCGCUUGCCCGGACUGCAACCCGUAGUCUUGCUCUCUACUUUUCCCGUCCCGUCCGGCUCUUCCGGCCUUCAAAAGUCAACGGCUGGCAAACACUCAAACGUCUCGCAAACUACCAUGGCCAGUCGCUCACUCCUCAGUAUCUGUCUUGGCUCGUCAAGCAGCAAGGGUUCACGGUUAUUCCGAAACACUUCGUGCCUCCCAUGCUAGUCAAUGGUGUCCUAGGAUUUGUAUUAUGGUCAACAUAUUCUACCGUCUCCGAUGCCCUGGAGAACCACCUCUCUAGUAGCCCCAUCAUGCUAGCGGCAGUAUCGGGCGCGUCCGCUGGCGGUAUGCAGGCGCUCGUGGCGGCUCCGGCUGAGAACGUCCGGCUCGCGAUCGAAGGUGGCUCUUCUUCUGCACGAGGUUGGUCGCAUGCCUGGAAAGAAGUGUUUCGUGGCACUCAGGUGCAGGCCUCGAAGCCCCGGAUUGAAGUAGUACAAGACGCUCGUCAAGUACGCGAGUGGAUGCGGGAGGUUGGUGAAAUGGCAGGCCGUGGCUGGGAUGGGUGGGGCUGGGGCUGCGCAAAGGACAUUUGUGGAUUUGCCGUGUUUUUCUCGAUAUUCGAACUCACAAGACGGGCCGCUACAGAGACAAAAACGAUGACACAAGAUAUGAUAUCAUCUUCCGAAGCACAGAAUCAAGUACCAGGCCAUCUGCGCAGUCAAAUACCCCGAGUUGCACACGCCACCACCCUCGUCACGGGCGGAGCCAUCGCAGGGUUGGCAUAUGAGGUGGUAUCCCGCCCCUGGGACAUGGCCAGGAAAGCCGUACACAUUGGCCGACUUGCUCCUGUUUCGGAAAGACAUUCAGUUGCAAUGAUUUUAGUAAGAAGGUUGCGUGAAGACGGAUUGAAGUCUUUCUUCGAAGAUACUGCUCACGCCAUACAUCACGAGGAUUCGUCUCUAUCACCACUCCGUCGUAGACUGCAUUCCGCAUCCCGUACGUUGGCUCGUGUGGGUCCUUGGGGAAUCGGGUUUUUGGUAUGGGAAGCGUUUGGUCCGGGGCUCUCGUAA